GGCUGUCAGGGGAAACGUCUUGCUAUAGUUUUUCCUCUGCUAUGCUUUCUCUUCCUGGCCGCCUCCGGUCUCAACAACAUCAUGGAUUUGUAGUCCGAGAGGUAUUUUCUCAUUCCUCCACUGUCUCCACUGCUCGACCAACCGGACCGACCACCAACUGUCCUCCCUCGGGUCGCUCCGUGGUAACUUCCCCGCUUCGAGUACUUGCUUCCUGACCGGGAGAUCCUGCAGAGAUGUCCGACAAUGGUGGCUCGGCUGUCGGCCUACUGUCUUACGAGACGCUGGUUCAUGCGGUGGCAGGUGCAACGGGGAGUGUGACAGCCAUGACCGUCUUCUUUCCCCUGGACACGGCCAAAAGCAGACUGCAGGUGGAUGAGAAUAGAAAGUCUACCUCUACCCCUGUCAUUCUGGCUGAGAUAGCAAAGGAAGAGGGCAUUCUGUCUUUGUACAGAGGAUGGUUCCCAGUCAUCUCCAGCCUCUGCUGCUCCAACUUUGUUUACUUCUAUACCUUCAAUGCACUGAAGAAGGCAACAGGAGCUGGACCCAGCAAGUCCAGCCCUGGCAAAGACCUGUUGAUAGGGAUUGUAGCAGGGGUGGCGAACGUGAUCCUGACCACUCCCAUGUGGGUGGUCAACACACGACUGAAACUGCAGGGAGUGAAGUUCCGAAAUGAAGAUCUCCAUCAAACCCAGUACAGAGGCAUAUUUGAUGCUUUCACGCAGAUCAUUGCCAACGAGGGAGUUGGAACUCUGUGGAGCAGCACUCUGCCGUCUCUCCUCCUCGUCCUCAACCCGGCUGUGCAGUUCAUGUUUUAUGAAGCCAUGAAGAGGAAGGCAGGCAAGGGAGGGAGGAAGAUAUCAUCAGCGCAGAUCUUUCUCAUUGGAGCAGUUGCCAAGGCCAUCGCUACCACGGCAACAUACCCUCUCCAGACGGUCCAGGCUAUUCUCAGGUUUGGCCAGUAUAAAGGUGACGGCAAAGGUGGUUUGAUGGGGAGCCUUUCGAAUAUUUUCCUCCUCUUCAUGGACAGGAUCAAGAAGCACGGCUUUCUUGGUCUGUACAAAGGCCUGGAGGCCAAGCUUCUGCAGACGGUGCUGACAGCUGCCCUCAUGUUCGUUGUUUAUGAGAAGAUCACAUCUGCUACCUUCAAAGUCAUGGGUCUGAACAAGAAGCUGAAGCACUGAAAGCAGAUACUUGAAUGCAAUACAGCAUUACUGCUCUUCAUCAGGAGGGUGGAUAGUCUAGUCCUCGCUGAUAAUGCAAGGAAUUGUAUAGAUCCUUGUACAUAUUGUAAUAUCAGUUGGAGUUUGCACCUUUGAGGCCACAGAUUUGCACGCUCUCCAUAAACUUGUGACCAGAAGUGGCUUUAAUACUUGCAACAGCCUCUUGGCUUAAAUCUUACUACUUCCACCUGCGCAGACAGAUUUUCUAAACCAGUACUGAUGCUUGUUCAUCUGCGGUAAUUUGAUUUUGAUGUCAUUUGUUUAAUGUGUAGAGAAACAACUGUUUUUCUUAACUUUUAUUUUACCUCCCUGACUACUUUAGCACUGAUGAUACCGACCCUGUCACCCAAAGUUUUACCUCAACAUCAGGAGUUUGCUGUACAUGAUGAGACCAAUAUUUAAGAGUUGCUUUAUUCUGGGCUACUGGACCAUUUCUGAGAUACGCUUGUCACUGUAUCUUGUGUCAUAACUAUGAAUUGAAUCAGGUUUGAUGUCCUGUGAGACAGAAAGAAACUGCAGCCCUAAUAAAAGGGUUUUUUAAAUAUGUGAAUCCCGUUGUUUUCCAUAGAUAAACAGUUAUAUCGAUGAUGGUGGGGGGACAAAAUAGAUUGUGUGUAAAAUUUGGACCUACUCUUCCAGCUCUGAAGGUUUAUGAUAUUAAUGACUAUACUGUAUAAAAGCCUAAGUUUAUUUAACAUAAAUCAGAACUUAACCCUGACAUGAGUUUAACAGAAUUUACAUGUAUAAAUACUGCAGUUGAUGCAAAGUGCCUCUGAAGUUGUAGCAUGACUAAAUUUUUUAAUGAAUGGAAUAAUGUUAUGUGACCUAAUUACCUAAACACACUGCAGACAACUUGAAGCGCUGAGUGGUUUUCUAUAAUAAUUAAUGUAAUGGUCAGUAUACUGUAUGCACAUUUUGUCAGACAGGUGUCUUCUGUUUCUUGGUGCUGCAGUACCGUACAAUAUUUAUCUCUGAUUUGGUUAAUGAAAGCUUCUGCUGCCUUUAAUCUUUUUUCUUGAAAUGUUUUCACUACCUUGCUUAGUCUAGUGAAGUUGCAUUAUCAAGGUUUUGCUUUUAGUGAAUUUUAUAGCAUCACAUGAAGCCUUUGGGAUGAUCUAAUGCCUCAUUUGAGCACUUUGUCAAUGAAUCUACCAGAAGGGCAUUCAGAGAAAUGGCUGAUGAGGCAGACAGCUCACUGUUUUAUUAACAUGCAAGGCACCUAAAUUCAGUGAGCUCCUACUCUUCACCGUCCUGGUAGAUUUUUCAUUGUCCUGCUGACAAAAAGAAAUGAAAACAUUCUAACCAGAAAGAUGCAACAACAAAGGUAGAGAAACAUUUGGAUGACAAUUACAAGACAACACCAGAGGUGUCCCUUACUGUUUUAUUUGCUUUAACUAAAAUUGACUUGACAUGUUUACAUAACAUUUGUUUUAAACUGAUCAAUGCCUUCUUAUUUACAUAGUGUUUUAACAUGACUUUUUAAUUAACAUUGUUUUGAGAUCUAAAUUAUUGUUCAACUAAAAAAAAAUAAAAACAUUGAG